CUACGGCAGUACGAAAAUUAAAUUUGGAAGUUAUCAAUACCCUAAUGAUGAACAGUGAAUGCCUUUGGCCAUGGGUAUAACUACCUGAUAUGCAGAAAGAGUCCAAGCUCUGACCUUUGGCUUCUGACAUAGACAGCAGCAUUUUUGUUUUCGCACAUUCUCUAUCUACACAAGUCAGAAAGGGGGAAGAAAAAUCAGAUUUCUUAGCAUCUUAUCUUUUUUUCUUUCUGAAGUAUUACAUUGUAUAAGUUCUGAGCUGAAAUAGUGCUAGCAGGAGGAGAGGCGGGAGGCUAGUGAUAGUUUUUGACUGGAUAAUAGAAUCAAGGAGGAGAAUAGGCCAAAAGGGAAAAGUAGCAGCAUCUGCUAGCAUGGAAGAAAGAAAAUGGAGCGACCGAAAAUGGGAAGGGGAUGAUGGUUCGAGAACUGUGGAGUGCCUAAGAGGGAGAUUGCUUGCAGAGAGACACGCGUCAAGAGUUGCUAAAGAAAAUGCAGACCUCCUGGCCAACAAGUUGAUAGAUCUAGAGAACCAUCUUAAAGAAGAGACCAAACUGAGGAACAAAGCUGAAAAAAAGCUUGAAGUGUUGAUGAAGAAGCUUAAUUCCUUGAACAUUUCUGCCAUAUCAGUGGAACCAGAGCUGUCUAGUUCGUCUGAAAAGUUUCAAAUGUCUUGUACAUCAUCCACAAGUACGUCAGAUUCCAAAGAUCCAAAAGUAGAUGAAUCCAAGUCCCAAUUCACAACCCCGGUAAUCUCACAAAACCUGGAGCACAAUGUGUCAGAAGACACAAAAACAGAUUCUUGUCCUCAAGGUACUGCUAGUUCCAAAUACAAUUCCAACCUCAAUGAUCCUAUCCAACAAAGAGACAGCGAUGAAUCGAGUUCCAACUCUGAAGAUCCAAAGACCGAUAAUCAUAGUUGUCUAAGCUUAAAAUCUUCAGUGGAAGAUAAUGGGAGUGAUCAUGGGGAUAAUAUUGACAACUCGUUGGCAUUAGUUCUGGUGAGUUUUCCGGCGAGAUCAGAGAGUCGUGAAGGGAAGCCUCUACAUGAAAGCGUUAGUGAAGCUCUUGGUGCUCUAAGGCAUGCCAGAGAAACACUUCAGAACUCAAUGCAGAGAAGACACAUGAUUCAAGUUGGCCCAACUUGAACUCAGUUAUUCAAGAAGUACAUAUCAAUUUUCUUUCAUACAUAGCACAAACUGCAGAAAGAGUGAUUGCAUUAAUCUGUGUGUUAGAUGUUAAUAAAGUUAUUUUGGUAGUGCGCUUCACAGUAAGCAUGUCAUGGGGUGGGGAUUCUGUUCAUAUAAUGCUUUGGCCCUGGGUCCCAACUUUUGGUCAUUUUCCUUUUUCGUUUUUGGCUUCUCUACUCAGUUGGACAUGAUCAUUUUGAAUCUUGUGACUUGCAUUUACAGGAUUAAUUUGAUUGUUUGCCCGAGGCUAAGGCUAAUCAUAAGUUGUAUGGUUUGUAGGCUUAGGUUCAGCUCAGAAGAGUUACAAAACCAUGUAGAUCAGAGCAUUUCUCAGAUGAAAGUAGACUAGGCUGAACCAAUGUAUCCUUAAUUCAAGGUCUGCAACUAGGCUGAAACAAAGCAUUAAAGCGUAUUGCUACAGCUACAAAAAGAUUACACAAAGUUAUUUUCCAAACAUUAAUUACAUCAUCACCUUAUGGAGGUAAUUAAUA